UUCUCUUUCCUCUCUCUACUUUGUUCAAUUUAUCAUUUAUUAGUAUCUUGAUUUUUAUAGUUUUCAGAUAUAUCUCAUGCUCUAACUGAAACUGUUGCCUUUCUUCAUCAAUAGGAGUCAGCAAUUUUAAAGUAACCAAUUCUCCAAGAAAAUCACCAUAGAAUUAAUUCUAGUUUUUCUUCUGUUAUGAUUCUGUUAUGAUAUUUAUUGAAGUUUGCCUAUGGUGCAGCUCAUUUAGCUACUUUCGGGGUCUUUCUAUUUUUGCUUACCUCGCGGUGACACGUCUACUUCUUACAAUUUCUGACUAGUACCAGUUGUCUCUUCAUACCUUUUUAUGCUGGAUGAGUGGCGAUGAAUCAGCUAAAUGUUCUAUUUGGACCAGAGAACAAGAUAAGAGCUUUGAGAAUGGUCUGGCAAUUUAUCCUGAGGAUUUAGAAGAUCGAUGGGAGAGAAUUGCUGCUGACGUUCCUGGGAAAACUGUAGAGGAGAUUAUACAACACUACAAUAUCCUAAUUGGUGACCUUUCAAGAAUUGAGUCUGGCUGUGUGCCACUGCCUCGUUAUGAUACUUCUGCAGAUGACUUAACUGGCCAAGUGGGUGACGAAGGAACUGGUAGGAAAGGUGGUAAUUCAGGACAAUAUGGAGUUGAUGGUGGCAAAGCUUCUAGGGCUGAGCAGGAGCGUCGGAAAGGGAUUUCAUGGUCAGAGGAAGAGCACAGGCUAUUUCUUCUUGGUCUGGAGAAAUAUGGGAAAGGUGACUGGCGAAGUAUAUCUCGCAACUUUGUAGUGACAAGAACACCUACACAAGUCGCCAGCCAUGCACAGAAGUACUUCAUCCGUUUAAACUCUAUGAAUAAAGAUAGGAGGAGGUCAAGCAUACAUGAUAUCACUAACGUCAACGACGUAGCAGUGCCUCAAGGGACAAUAACUGGUCAGACAAAUGGUUCAUCAGGAGGCUCAUCUAAUAAACCAAGCAAAGAACUUUCUCAAGCUCCAUCACUUCUCGAAGGAGUUCUUGUGUAUGGUGGAACCACCAUAGGGCAGCCAGUAGGAGGACAUCUCGUCUCAGCAAUUGGAACACCGGUGCAUCCUCUCCAGCAUAUGGCAUUUAGUGUGAGAGCCCCAGUUCAUGGACAAAUGGUUCCAGUCGCCCCAAUGAACAUGGGUGCCCCAGUCAACACGGUUCCCGGGUCCAGCGCUUAUCCAGUGCCUCACUCAUCUGCUCAUAGGUAAGCGAUAUGUAUACUUACAGAGGAGGGUAGGGGGGGCUAUAUAUCUGGCGCUCAUUUUGUCAGGAGUUAAGUUUCUCUUUGACAAGAGCAAACAUAAUAAAUUCCAGUUUUGCAGACAUGUUUUAGCUGGAUUUUCGGUGACAGUUCUUGUUAAGUUCACUUUGUAAGAAAUGAAUUGCAUGCAUGUGUUGUGCUGC